UAACGUGUCCUCCUCUCUUCCCCAGGGGCGCCUUCUCAGUGGUGCGUCGGUGUGUGCAGAAGACGACGGGGCUCGAGUUUGCAGCCAAAAUUAUCAACACGAAGAAGUUGUCAGCCCGAGAUUUCCAGAAACUCGAGAGGGAAGCAAGAAUCUGCAGAAAGCUUCAGCACCCCAAUAUAGCCGACACCAGCGGCUACAAUGUAACAGAGCUGAUUGUUCGUCUCCACGACAGUAUACAAGAAGAGUCCUUCCACUAUCUCGUGUUCGACUUGGUGACUGGUGGAGAGCUGUUUGAAGAUAUUGUAGCAAGAGAAUUUUACAGUGAGGCUGAUGCAUCUCAUUGUAUUCAACAGAUUUUAGAAAGUGUCAACCACUGUCACCACAACAAUAUUGUACACAGGGAUCUCAAGCCAGAGAAUCUUCUGUUGGCCAGUAAAGCCAAAGGUGCUGCUGUCAAACUAGCAGACUUUGGGUUGGCCAUUGAAGUACAGGGUGACCAGCAGGCAUGGUUUGGGUUUGCAGGAACGCCUGGGUACCUUUCACCAGAAGUCCUCAAGAAAGAGCCAUACGGAAAGCCUGUGGAUAUUUGGGCUUGUGGAGUCAUUCUUUACAUCCUCCUUGUGGGUUACCCUCCAUUCUGGGAUGAAGACCAACACAGACUAUAUGCCCAGAUCAAAGCUGGUGCCUAUGAUUAUCCUUCUCCAGAAUGGGACACAGUAACUCCAGAAGCAAAAAACCUCAUCAAUUCCAUGUUGACAGUCAAUCCUGCCAAGCGUAUCACAGCUGCUGAGGCACUCAAACACCCAUGGAUCUGUCAACGUGAGCGUGUGGCUAGUGUGGUGCAUAGGCAAGAGACUGUUGACUGCUUGAGAAAGUUCAACGCCAGAAGAAAACUUAAGGGUGCGAUCCUGACGACAAUGCUGGCAACCCGCAACUUCUCCAGUAAGUACGAAGCACCGGGCCGUUCCAUCAUCACCAAAAAGGGAGAUGGGUCACAGGUUAAGGAAAGCACUGAUUCCAGCACCACCAUAGAAGAGGAGGAUGUAAAGGACAAGUCCAAGUCUCAAGUUGAUAGAAGUACCACAGUGAUCGCCAGGGAUGUUGAAGGGGGGGAGGAGAAGGAGAAAACCAAAGCCACAGCAGCCUCAGUGGUGGGUGUCAUGACCAGCCUUAAGGGCAGUGUGUUGUCUGCUGGCACCACCACCACUGGAGGAGGAGGUGGAGGAGGUGGGGGAGGAGGUGGAGGGGGAGGAGGGGGAGGAGGGAAACCAACACCCACAAGUGGAGGUGCUGGUGGCUUGAUGGCUGCUGUGGCUGCAGCAGCAGCAGCUGCAGCUUCAUCCACAAGCCCAGCUCCUGUACAACCUGCAGCACCCAACAACACCAUCUUGCACAAAGACAGUAGAACUGAGAGCAGUGUUGACUCUGUGCGAAAUGACCGCAAGUCUGUCAGCAAUCAGCUAAGCAACAGUCACCCCACUAGUGAUCAUCACCAUGUGCGUAACUCUGUCAAGACUGCCUCCCUGUCCUCCUCACUCUCCUGGCAUGCAGCCAAUAGGAACAACAAUGUUUUGGACCCACGCAAGCAGGAGAUCAUCAAGGCCACUGAGCAGCUCAUUGACUGUAUAAACAGUGGAGACUUUGAAGGAUACACCAAAAUAUGCGACACUCAUCUGACCUCCUUCGAACCUGAGGCGUUAGGCAAUUUAGUGGAGGGCCUGGAGUUCCACAAAUUUUACUUUGAUAAUGUUCUUGGGAAAAACUGUAAGACAGUCAAUACCAUGAUCUUAAGUCCUCACGUUCACUUGUUGGGAGAGGAUGCAGCCUGUAUUGCAUACAUACGCCUUACCCAGUAUAUGGACAAACAUGGCCAAGCCCACACACAGCAGAGUGAAGAGACCCGAGUAUGGCAGCGUCGUGAUCAUAAGUGGCAGUGCAUGCACUUCCACCGGUCUGGGUCCCCUUCCUCUACCCCAUUUGCACUUGGCACCAAGUAAACCUCAAGUGUUAUUGGAAAUCCUGGUUGCCCUAGAGAGAUGAUAGAGUUCAGGCUGGUAUUUCAGCCUUUGUGGAAUGUUAUGGGUUUGAAACAUAUUCAGAAUCUCCCAACCAUUAUUCAGGCCUCACAACAGCCAUCCAACAUACAAGAACCAAAGUGCUGCGAGACCUGAAAUGGUAUAAAAGUAAUGGGAAGAACUGUAUUAUGGAGAACAAGUGGGUGUUCCACUCCCAAAUAUUCUGCAAAAUGUCAUCCUUACCCCUAGUACUGAGUGUACAGGUUAGCAUUUGAUAUGCCAGAUUGCACUGGAUUAUUGAUGGUUGCCUAUAUUUUGAAGAUUGAAUGUUCCCAUUGUAUCAUUGCUACCAACUAUAUUAAUUGAUGUGUGGCAUAAUUUUAGAUUUAACAAACUCUCUUUGUUGGACAAUUCUUCAGUGAUAUGUGCACAAUUUAUGGCUCAUGAAGUUCUCAGAUGCUAGGUAGAGAAAGUUCUAUGUUAUUGAAAAUACUGUAGAAAUGCAUUUCUUCUAAGCAUCUUACAUUUGCCUGGUAAAAAAUCAAUUCAGCAAAGCCACAGCCAUUUCUAUUAGUUAGUACUAAUUAGGAUAUCUAUCCAUCAGCUAUGGAGAAUUUUCCUCCUGAACACUGACUACUGUCAGUGCUGAAGCUUUCAUUAUCAUCGUCUCUCCAUAUUUUGUCACUCACCAACCUUAGCUUAAACAGUCAUGCAGCAAGUGUUGACUCUGUCACCAAAAUCCUAAUGCACGAACUUUAGAGAUUGUAAUGUACAUUUGUAUGAAAAUGCUUUUGUUUUGUUUGAAAGUGUGAAUAUAUAUAUAUAUAUAUAUAUAUAUAUAUAUAUAUAUAUAUAUAUAUAUAUAUAUAUAUAUAUAUAUAUAUAUAUAUAUAUAUAUAUAUAUAUAUAUAUAUAUAUAUAUAUAUAUUAAUCAGUCCCAUUUUUUGUAAGCAUUUCCCUUCCAGUGUUUUUACAUAAUAUACUUGAUCUAAUUUAUAGGAUAAUAAAUUAGGUUAGAUAUUUUAUGUGAAAUUUCCUGAUAUUAUAUGGAUGACUGAUUGAUUAUAUAUAUAUUAUAUAUAUAUAUAUAUAUAUAUAUAUAUAUAUAUAUAUAUAUAUAUAUAUAUAUAUAUAUAUAUAUAUAUAUAUAUAUAUAUAUAUAUAUAUAUUGUGUAUAGUGUGUGUGUGUGUUUGUGUGUGUACAUCCUGCCAAAAGCCUUUUUUUGAUAAGUGAGCUCCUUAAGAAAUAUUAACUUCAAGGUUGUAGAUAAAUACUCUGUAUCUUAAACUGUAUUACUGUUGAAGCAAUUGAAUUCAUGUAUUUGGAUUUUGGCAACUUAAAAGAACAUCACCUGUGACAGGGAGUCCCAUAGUACCUUCAGUUAAGGUAGGUGGACAUGAUCUUCUGCUUCUUUCAGUGCAUCUAUAAAGCCAUUACCUGAUGCAGUUUAUAAUUGCUUAUUCAUGUCAGACAUACUGUCAGUGAAAUGUCAAACUCAAUUCUUUUAGGGUUAAACUAAAGUUGAUUCUCAGAGGUGUACCAACCCAGAUCUUUUCAUAUUUAUACUUAGUCGCUUUGUGAUUCAUACCUGUGGCUGAGAGAUGAAGUGCACGUGUGUGGCCUGGUGCUUACAGGGAGUGAGGGCCAGGCGGGCCAAAUGACCGGUGUAUAUCUAGUCAUUUGCUUUGCUCUUGACUUUUCUUACAUUGAUUUUUAUCAGACUCUAUGGUAAGAAUAGUUCCCAUGUCAUAUUUGUGGUUUGUUUGAAUUUGUAUAUUUGUAAUGAUAAGCCUUUUAAAGAGCUUGAGAGAAUGUUUGAUAUCUUUUUAGAUUCCUAAGUGAUAGGUCCCGUGUGUCUCUGGUGCCGUGAUCUUGUUGUUGCAGCUUGACAGGCGUGUAAUAUAUUUAUAUCAUGCUUUUAAACAGAUUUAUUAACUUCGAUACAAAGUAUUCUUUAAUUGCUAAGUGUCUUAUGGCCUAGACAUUAAGACCCUGAAGCUGACUCCAGGCCUCAGUAUUGUAUAUUAGACUGCCAAAUAAGCUGUACCAGGCAGACCACUUCCUAUUGGUCUUACACUUGUAAAUUUACUGUCAAGUCAAUACUUUGCAAAUCUCAGACAGCAAAAAAAAAAAAAUAUAUAAAAAUGAAAAAAAAAAAAAAAAAACUGAUUUGUCAUGAAGACUUAGAGUGUAAGUUACACAUAGUCUUUUCGAUCUCUGAUUACCUGUGAAAAUGUUUCAUGUGUGAUAGAUAACAUCAACUCUCUGAUCACCUUUCAUACAUAUCUUGAUUUUAUGCAUCAAAAAACACUGAUCAAAAUUCUGGCCUAAUAGUUUAAAUGUAAACUCAAUAACAUGGGUCACACUUAGGACUCCUUAACUUAGAUCCAGGUUCUCCAUUAUAAUGAAUCUGUCAUCAGACCUCUGCUGUGUGCACAGGGUCUUAUUUCCUGGAUAUAGAGCUUGGGUCCUGGACUGCUGCAUAUAAUGCAUGUUACUGUAAGCCAAACCUGUUGGUGUCUUCUCAUGUUCAACACUGUCCUGUCGUCACUGCUGCCACUACUGCUGCUGCUGAAACUGCUGUAGCUGUUGCUACUACCAUAUGUGGAAGGUAAGAGGCAAACCAGCACAGCAACCAGCCAAGCAGGGUCUGUAGCGGAACUCCAGCCACUGCCCUGCUAUUGUUAUGCUUGUGAUUGGUCAUCCUUUGCGCCUGGUUGUGUGAUUUUGCUCAAGUAUUGAUUGGCAGCCAAAUUGUAUGAGGACAAAACUGGUGUAAGAGAUCAUUCUGUCUCAAUAUUUGGGCAUAAGUGAAUUGAGCGCAAGCUAUGGUACUAUAAUGGUGUACAAGAUUACCAAUACUUUUUAUUCAAUGUCAUAUUUGAUGGUUUACAUAAAAAGUAUGUUGUAUUGUUGCCUGCAGUUUUCUGUACCAUUUUCCACCCUGCCUUUUCCUAAGCCUGCUUCAUGUAUUUAUCUUUAAGACUAAGAGAAGUUUUAUUACUAUUUAUUUGAUUAUUUAUUUACUUAUCAUUAUUUUUUUAACUGUAGGUAGACUUUUGUUGUUUAGUCUACUCAAGAGCUUUGUGAAAGGCAGGCUUGCAUGUCCUCAAGUGUGAGGUUGAAGGGUAACCCUAGAAGUGGCCGUCCUCUAAUUAUCAGGAUCAUCCCAAAUUCUUAGGGCCUAUGAGGUGAGAUGUAGUUAUUUAAGAAUAGACACUUUGUAAAGUAACUGCAUGUAACAAGUAAUCUCAUCUGGUGGCUAAGAGUUUGGGAACCUUGAAAUGGAUAUACUCAUGGGACAGGACAUGGUUGUUGGCUACCCUCCAGCUAUUUCUUAAUUUUUUCAUAUAGAUUUUUGAUCUAAGAUGAACUAUUUUAAGACGUUAACAAGAUCACAUGUGUUGUGUAGUCAAUGUAUUCAAGCAAAGAAUGUUUAACUCCAUCGAAUUUCCCUAUAAUAUAUCACAAAUUGGAUUCAUCUAAACAUUUAAUUGCCAUUACAAAUUUAUAACAUGCUGUUAUGUGUGUCAUUUGUGCUUUAUCAUUUUCCCUUUGAAAUUCAGAGGAAAUGAGAGACUUUCAUGGAAAUAAAUUCUGAAAUGUUA